UUGAACUUUUAAGUGAUGGACUCGGGAGGAAAAGUAAAGAAAGGAGCUGGAGGAAGGAAAGGAGGUGGUCCAAAGAAGAAGCCGGUGUCCCGGUCAGUAAAAGCCGGUCUACAGUUUCCGGUCGGCAGGAUCGGUCGCUACCUGAAGAAGGGACGCUAUUCUCAGCGCGUGGGAACCGGCGCUCCGGUCUACCUUGCCGCUGUACUCGAGUACCUCGCUGCUGAGGUUCUUGAGUUGGCUGGUAAUGCUGCAAGAGAUAACAAAAAGAACAGGAUCAUACCAAGGCAUGUUCUUUUGGCCGUAAGGAACGAUGAGGAGCUCGGGAAGCUUCUUGCCGGUGUGACUAUUGCUCAUGGUGGUGUUUUGCCGAACAUCAACCCGGUUCUUCUGCCCAAGAAAUCUGAGAAAGUAACAACCAAGGAGACAAAAUCGCCAUCCAGGGCUACCAAGUCCCCGAAGAAGGCUUAGGUUUUAAGUCUUUCUUAUUGUCUUUCUAUGUGUAUUGUAACUUCCUU